UCACCGAAAACGGUUGUAUGUCGGUUUUGCGGUUGCGAGUUUUCCGUUGAGUAAAAAAAACAGAGGUUCUUACGGGGUUUCGCCGCGAAGUUUCUAGUAUAGAUACUGUUCUACCCUUUGCUAGGUGUCGUCUUAGAACGGCGUCUGGUACCCGAUACGACACAUCCUCGAUCGGAAUCGUGUGACUUACGCAGCAGGGUGUGCGAUCCGGUGCAGCAUUCAGCAUUGUGUAGUAUGUUGGUUGCUGAGAGGACGAAACACGUUUGACUUUUGUACCCUUUGGAUCCGAUCGAUGUGAACAUUGUGAUACAAGGCCCAAAUAGUUGCUCCAUAUUCCAGAAUACUGCGUGACUGCUCGAACGCGAAGCAGGUUGUUACUACGACGUGUAGUUCGAGAGUGAAUUAAAGAUGGAAAUUGUAAAUUAUGGUUUUGGUGAUUGGUUGUAGGAGCUGUUCUCGACAUGACGCAUCAUUAAAGUGAGAACUCGCGGUUUUUCGUCUAGUUCCAGUCAGGCACGAUUUUGUUUUCGGACUGCUUGUUCGACAUCGACCCUGAGGACAUCUUGACAGGACAGGAUUGACAUCGAGUGCGGCGGAAAACGAGAUUGCAGGCAGUGCUUGAAUCGAUUAGUACAUACGUACCCAUGUACGUACGUGUAGAGUUACAAAAGUGAAGUGAAUCAGUGAAUCGAAGUGUUGUGGAAGUGCGUUGAAGAUCUUUGAAGAGCAAUGGCCACCGCAACGUCAUUGCGUCGAUUGCGGCACUGUUUCGGAUCUGUGCUGCAGCUGCAUCUCUUGUGGAUGGUGAUGACUGUUUUGAUUGUAAAUAAGGCUCGAACUCAACAAACCACAUUGCAGAAAUCUCAGGUAUUGAACGAUGGUUCGUUCAAAUUCGGUGCAAAGACGAGGUUUUCCUGCAGUGGACGGGCUGCCGGUUACUACGCGGACGUCGAAACAGGCUGCCAAAUAUACCACAUGUGCGACGGAUUGGGUAGACAGUUCAGCUAUUCGUGUCCCAACACUACACUGUUCCAGCAACGAAUGCUAAUCUGUGACCAUUGGUAUAUGGUCAACUGUUCCAAGGCCGAAAGCAACUAUGCAGCGAACCUGCUAAUCGGUCAACGGGACAAACCAUUCGUGGCGGAAGAUGAAAAUGAGAUCCGAACUCCUAGACCGGACCUCCUGGAUCGACCAUACUCGGCCAGUUUCGCCGGAGAACCGAUCAUGUACAAUUUUAUCAAGACCAAUACCCAGGCUCCGCAAAACGCUAUCGCCUUGGACAAAAAACUUUCCACUAAGGUUCCGUCCACCAAAGGAAGACCGUCGGAGAUCUUCGAAGAAAGUGCCAGUAAUCAUGGUCUUCCGAUCCAUUGGAAUACUCGUUAUGCCAAAGAAGACACGGAACAGGAAAAGGUAGAUCAAAAACAGGCUUUGGAUGAUUUGGGAUCAACGGCGAUUCCGUUGAACUCCGAUGAAGAGCGACUUCAAAAUAAUAAAGUCAAUGGCCGAAGAGAUGUCACGGAGGACGAGUCCAAAGAUGAAAGUAGAAAUACUGCUCGGUUUGCUUCCAGCGAAAAUCGUACCAGUAAAGUGGUAAAUCCUAGCUCGAGUGGACUUUAUACGAACGCUGUCAACGUGAAGGUUCCGUCCAUCAGAUACGAGCCGCCGUUUACUCCAGAGGAACAAUCGAAAAAAGAAACCAACCGAAAGGAUACUCUGGGACCCGAGUUUAAGCCUUUUGAGUCUGUUUUGAAUUUCAAUAAGAAAGGCAAUCGGAAGGACUAUGAUUUCUCCAACUUUUUCACUAGAAAUGGCAGCUUCAGAAAUACUGUACCGACAACUAAAUCCACUGUGGCAACAACUACUACAGUGAGACCAACCACUCGAUCGACAGUUAGUUCGACUAGAUUUAGUACUUUGGCUCCAGUUACGUCUAGAUUUACGACAACCACUCGUCAACCGAGUUUUUCAACAGUCACUACAACCAGCACAACACAAAGACCGGUAGUGCUUGUGCCUAAUCUACAACUACCGAACACUAACCCAGCGCAGUUCCUGCCGAGGACAAGUUCCGGUUUCCAGCCUUUGGUGAUUACUACAACCACUACAAGUGCCCCUUCGACAACGGUCACUGCUCCAACAACGGCUCUGCCACGAAUUCUUUCCGAUCCACGACAAUCGAACCGUCCACCGACCACCAUCCUGUUCAACGCUCCAGCUGCCACAGCUGGAUUGUUCGAAAAUAGAUUUGCACUUCAAAGACCAGCGGUUGUUCAAGCUUCCGUUCCGGUUCCGUCCUCGGAGAUUCUACCGCCCUUCGAAAACCUUGCCAAUUACGACAACAUCAAAAGCCAAUACGUGAACCAAGCAAUUUUCACCAGACAACCGAUAACCAACGAACCAUCAGCGGGGCCCAUCAACAGUGGAAUCGAUAAGUUACGGGAAGAACCGGUGAUUCAAGUUCGCAAAGACAACAUCCCGCGGCCGUUCAGCGUUCCAACUCCGUCCAAUGAAAUUCUUCCGCCGAAGAAAGACUACGUUUUCUACGAUGACGCCACUACCCAAGGACCUCCAAUCUACUACCAGUGGAAGUGGUCUAUUCCAUCCUUCGGACUGGAUCCCCCACUGGAUGCUCCACUCACGGACGAGGAAAAACUACUGUCCCAGUUGAAUCCAACAUCGGCGGAAAAUUCUUCCGACUCAUCCCGUGAACACAAUCAAACCGCGCGCUCAAUUUCUUCCGAAACCGGAAACCUCGGUGAAAACCAACCAUCGUCUUCCUUGGUUCAGCUAAAUAAACGACGAGUUCAACCACCGGCGCACAAUUAUCUGGAACUUCGGAAGAAUCUCGCCAUUCCGGAUUUUACUUUCCCGCUGGAAAGCGAAGUCGGACCGCGAAAUAUCUACGAACACGAUGGAGCGGUGAAUUCGUUCCAAAUCAAAAUUCCGUCCUAUGCCCGCAGUGACGACAGCAACACGACGUGGUACGGCGAAAAUGCCAAGUGUCCCCACUGCCAUCCAGUUUUCCUGAGGCCCGGGAGUUGUGAACCGUGCGUCAAAAUCCGACGAUGAAUAGUCCAUUCCUUUAUCCCGCGUAGUUUUUUUUUUGUCCCUUACAACCACCUUCCCCAAUCCACUAUCCACUGUCCGACGGCUAGGUUAGCUAGCUAAGGUGCUGCUUCAGUUAGUCUUCUGUCUGCGGUUGUAGACGCAUUCCCAUCUAGUUCCAUUUUAGUCCCCAGUCCAGUAAAUGCAUUCGAAUGUUAGGAUUAAGACUUGCUCUGCUCUCUGCUUGGAGGUGCUCUCCGGGGGACAGGAUCAUUCUGCAGAUCACGGUUUCACCGUUUAUUUAUUCCCAAUUCCCCUGUGAAGUUCAAAGCAAACCAUCCCGCUCAACUAAUAGCUAAGCCAACAGAACACCAGAAAAAACAGAAACCGUACGAUUAUCUCCAGAACGAUCUGCUCGUCCAGCCGAGCAGGGCACUCGUUUUUAAUUAGUAACAGAGAUUACUUCAAAUUGUAAAUACACCGUCUGUAAGUAUUCAUGAAAAUAAAAACAACAGUUGUGUAGAAAACAAUAGACAUUU